AUGGCGGUGAAUAUGGCAAAAAGGCGGUACGGAACCGCCUCUCCGAGUACUACCAAGCUUAGGAAAGCUCUGCAUCUCCGAGUAGUUUCAGGUUUAGGAAGCCUCCGCCCCAAGCAAUUCCUCCAAUUUAUAAAUACUCCUAUAUCAGGAUUCAGAAGAAAAAACUCAAUAAUCAGUUUCAUCACUUUUUUUCUGCUUGGUGCUUCUACUUUGUUACCAACUAAUUUCUUUCCUUUCUUUGAUUCUCUGAAACUCUUUCAGAACUCAAUAAGAAAAAGAAAGAUGGUCACUCUUGAGGAUUUGAGGGGCGAUUCUCCUGCCUUAUGUGGGUCCUUCAACAAGAUUAGGGAGGAGAUCAGAGCUGUGGCUAAAAAUAAGGAUGAAGAAGAUGAAAUGCUCACCGAGAGGAUUUUGAUUGAUUUAAUUAAAUUCAGCCGGAAAAAGCGAUCUGCAGUAUCAUUGGAUUGUGACAAUGAAAAGGGUCUGGAGGAGGAGAAAGAGAAGAAGAAAAAGAGGGUGAGGGUAAUACCUCCCAAAAACCCCUUGAAUUUUGAGCCGAAAAAUUCCAACCAGAGUACUCGAGAAGAAGGGAAGUGUAGGAAACCCGAAAGGCAGGUGAAGAAGCCGGCAGAGGAGAAGCCAACGGUUGAAGAGCAACCACCCAGUAUGCCAACUGAGUUCAAAGACAAAAUCAUGGGGUUGCAUGGUCGGGACGUGAAGCUUGUGAUUCAAAAGAAAUUGACGACCACCGACAUGGAGGAUUCUCAGGACCGGCUUUCCAUUCCAAGAGGCCAAAUGAGGGCAUACUUUCUGACGCAAGAGGAAGAAGCUAAACUGGAGGAAAAAGAAGAAGAUGGGAUACAUCUCAAAGGGUUGAAAGUGGCGUUGAUAGAGCCAAGCCUCAAGGAGUCGGCCAUCUUCUUGAAGAAGUGGAAAUUAGGUAGCGGCAGCACAUACAUGCUCAGCUCCCCAUGGAAAAAUGUUGCAAAUAAAAACGGCCUCAAGAAAGGCAAUAUUGUACAACUUUGGUCCUUCAGAGUUGACCACAACCCCUGCUUGGCCCUUAUCAAGCUACAGAAUUAG